UGGUCCCCCGGCCCCGGGCCCGCAGCGCCAUCGCCUGCACUGACCAGGCCUCGCCAUCCUGACCCCCCGCAGGCCGGGCCUCACUCACCCCGCCGGGCUCAGGUGACCGGCCGGCCUUCGGGCGCACCUGGCGCCGGCCCCUGACCCCGCCCCGGGCUGGGCCCGCACCCCGGGCCGCCCUCUCGGAGGCGGCGGCACAGUAGGGCCAUGGCGGCAGCGCCGGCGGUGGGUGCGGUGCAGGGCUCGGCGGCGGGACCCCCGGCGGCCCCGGUUGGCGCGUCGGGGCCCGCGCUAGGGCUGGGGCGCUGCCGCGCGGCGCUACUACUAGCGGUGGCGCUGGACGUGGCGGGCAUGGCGGCGCUGCUGACCGGCGUGUUCGCGCAGCUGCAGGUGCGCGGCCGCGACUUCGGGGACCUGUUCAUCUACUCGGGCGCGCUGCUGGUCUUCCUCAGCCUGCUGGGCUGGAUCCUCUGGUACACCGGCAACAUCGAGAUCUCCCGCCAGGAGCUGGAGCGCGACUACGGCCUGCGGCCCUCCGCCCUCGCCCGCCUGGCGCGCAAGCUCUCCCGCCGCUGGUCGGCGCCCGCCCCGGCCUCUGGCCCGCGCCCCCUGCCCGGAGCCCACGGGCCGCGCCGCGCCGCCCGCGCGUCCCCGCUGCCCGCCGCCAACUCCCGUCGCGUGCGCCUGCAGCUCGCCGCGCUCGAGGCCGGGCCGGGGCCGGCAGGAGCCGGGCCUGAGUGAGCCCCAGGUGACCUCACGCCCCACCUGGCGGGACCAGAUCGAGCUGUGCACCAUCCAGCGACCCAUACACCCCAGCCCCUGCUCCCCGAUAAACAAUUCCUGUCACAGCG